GGCCCUCCGCGGGGGCCCUGCCGGCCCGGCCCCACGCCAGCCGCGAUCGCGCGCGCGGCCCCCGCCCCGGCGCGGCCAUGGAUGUGACGAGCAGCUCGGGCGGCGGCGACCCCCGGCAGAUCGAGGAGACCAAGCCGCUGCUAGGGAGCGACGUGUCGGGCCCCGAGGGCACCAAGGUGAUGGGCGCCGUGCCUUGCCGCCGGGCCCUGCUGCUUUGCAACGGGAUGAGGUACAAGCUGCUGCAGGAGGGCGACAUUCAGGUCUGUGUCAUCCGGCACCCUCGGACCUUUCUCAGCAAGAUCCUCACCUCCAAAUUCCUGAGGCGCUGGGAGCCGCACCACCUAACGCUGGCCGACAACAGCUUGGCAUCCGCCACGCCGUCUGGGUACAUGGAAAACUCGGUCUCCUACAGCGCCAUUGAAGAUGUUCAGCCGCUGUCCUGGGAGAAUGCCCCGAAGUACUGUUUACAGCUCACGAUCCCCGGAGGGACCGUCCUGCUGCAGGCUGCCAACAGCUACCUGCGAGAUCAGUGGUUCCAUUCUCUGCAGUGGAAGAAAAAGAUUUACAAAUACAAGAAAGUCCUGAGUAACCCGAGCCGCUGGGAGGUUGUCUUGAAGGAGAUACGGACGCUGGUGGACAUGGCUCUAACGUCCCCGCUGCAGGAUGAUUCUAUCAACCAGGCCCCACUGGAAAUCGUCUCAAAACUGCUCUCGGAGAACACAAACCUGACCACUCAGGAGCACGAGAACAUCAUUGUGGCAAUUGCGCCUCUGCUGGAAAACAACCACCCACCACCAGAUCUCUGCGAAUUCUUCUGCAAGCACUGCAGAGAGCGGCCCCGGUCUAUGGUGGUCAUCGAGGUGUUCACACCGGUGGUUCAGAGGAUCCUUAAGCAUAAUAUGGACUUCGGGAAAUGCCCAAGGCUGAGGCUCUUCACCCAGGAGUACAUUCUCGCCCUGAAUGAGCUCAACGCGGGCAUGGAGGUGGUAAAGAGGUUCAUUCAAAGCAUGCAUGGCCCCACAGGGCACUGCCCACAUCCCCGGGUCCUGCCCAAUCUCGUGGCUGUGUGUCUGGCUGCCAUAUACUCCUGCUAUGAAGAGUUUAUCAACAGCCGCGACAACUCCCCGAGCCUGAAAGAGAUCCGGAACGGCUGCCAGCAGCCAUGCGAUCGGAAGCCCACCUUACCUCUGCGCCUGCUGCACCCCAGCCCGGACCUGGUGUCUCAGGAAGCCACGUUGUCUGAGCCACGGCUCAAGUCGGUGGUCGUGGCCUCCAGCGAGGUCCACGUGGAGGUGGAGCGCACCAGCACUGCCAAGCCGGCGCUGACAGCCAGCACGGGCAAUGACAGCGAGCCCAACCUUAUUGACUGUCUCAUGGUCAGCCCAGCAUGUGGUACCAUGAGCAUCGAGCUGGGCCCCCAGGCCGGCCGCACGCUCGGCUGCCACGUGGAGAUCCUCAAACUCUUGUCCGACUAUGAUGACUGGAGACCGUCUCUGGCCAGCUUGCUUCAACCCAUUCCAUUCCCCAAAGAAGCUCUUGCACACGAGAAGUUUACAAAGGAACUGAAGUACGUGAUUCAGAGGUUUGCAGAAGAUCCAAGACAGGAAGUCCACUCGUGUCUGCUGAGCGUUCGGGCAGGCAAGGAUGGCUGGUUCCAGCUCUACAGCCCUGGAGGGGUGGCCUGUGAUGAUGACGGGGAGCUGUUUGCCAGCAUGGUGCACAUCCUCAUGGGCUCCUGUUACAAGACCAAAAAGUUUCUGCUCUCAUUGGCAGAAAACAAGCUGGGCCCCUGCAUGCUCCUGGCCCUGAGAGGGAACCAGACCAUGGCAGAGAUCCUGUGUUUGAUGCUGGAAUACAAUAUCAUCGACAACAACGACACCCAACUGCAGAUCAUCUCCACCCUGGAGAGCACAGAUGUGGGCAAGCGCAUGUAUGAACAGCUGUGUGACCGGCAGCGGGAGCUGAAGGAGCUGCAAAGGAAAGGCGGACCCACCCGGCUAACACUGCCCUCCAAGUCCACGGAUGCGGACCUGGCCCGCCUGCUGAGCUCUGGCUCCUUUGGAAACCUGGAGAACCUCAGCUUGGCCUUCACCAACGUCACCAGUGCCUGCGCCGAGCACCUCAUCAAACUGCCUUCCCUCAAGCAGCUCAAUCUGUGGUCCACGCAGUUUGGAGAUGCCGGCCUGCGGCUCCUGUCGGAACACCUCACUAUGCUCCAGGUGCUGAACCUGUGUGAGACCCCAGUCACCGACGCGGGCUUGCUGGCCCUCAGCUCCAUGAAGAGUCUUUGCAGUUUAAAUAUGAACAGCACCAAGCUCUCGGCUGACACCUAUGAGGAUCUGAAGGCCAAGCUUCCUAAUCUAAAGGAGGUUGACGUUCGCUACACAGAAGCCUGGUGAAGCCCCCUGUGUGCACGGGAUGGCAUCCCACAAAACAAAACAAAAAAGAAACAAAAAAACAAAAAGACUCUUGACUAAUAGCCGUAGAGCAGUGGGUCCCGAGGUGGUCCCAGCACCUGGCUGCGGGAUAGAUGGGGGAGUCUUGGGGGGGAUGGAGGGGGGAGGGGGAGGGAAUCCUCAGCACGCCCAGCCCCCGCCUAAUUCUUAGAGCUUCAUAUUGGAACCUUUGACCUUGAUCAAAAGCGGCCUUAGUGGCAACAAGAGGAGGAACAGCGGGUAGGGAGGGCAGGGGAGGGGUGGGCGGGGAUCCCCGUGUGGAUUUUCUUUGCCUUUGUUAUGUGAUACUGUGUGUGAGGGCAUUCAUCCAGCCUGAUGCUGUCGACUCCGGGCCAGAAGGAGGAUGCUUUCUUCCUGGAGGUGCACCGAGCAGAGAUCUCGCCCCUACCAUUGGGACAGGAGUCACCCAGUCAUGUCACCCCAUCGUCCUGUGUCCCCUCCCCCCACCAUCGCUAUGCAAAGUGGUUCUUGUUGUACAUAAGAUUUAAAUAACGCACCUAUUUAAGAAACGUCGACAAAUUGCGGGUCUGGGACUCGCUCUUAUUUAUGAAGUCUUUGACCGGCCCUCCCUUCUCACCUGCUCCCCCCCCCCCACUUGCCUGCCCUGCCUACCUCCCCCGGGGCGUGUAGUACUGUCUGGGCCAGUCAGCUGUUGGGUUUGUGCUUGUGGUUCUGGUUUUUUUUUUGUUUUGUUUUUUUUGUUUUUUUUUUUUAAAGGAAACAACAACAACAGGGGGAUAAAAAGGCCUUUGGAAACUUAAUUGCUUUUUUUUUCUUACCGGACUCUGUAUGCUAAUGCUCUCCUGGUCAGUCAGUCAGCCCACUGCUACUCUGUAUUAUUUCCAGAUGUCUCCAGCUUCCUCACGGGUGGGAGGGAAGAGGAGAAAAGAGACACAGGUUCUCCGUAUUGUAGCUCACACCGACCUUCCUCUGCUUCUGUGACUCUGGAAGGUUCCCUGACCUUCCCUCCCCCUGUAUACCCCAUAGGAGAGUUGGUCCUCCAAGGUCCUGCUGUUGUUCCUCACCCCCUUUUAAGCUGUCUCUGUCCCUUCUGAGACUUGCAACCUGUGGCCUCCCCACCCUGUGGUUCACUAACGCAUGCCCCACGCCCACUUCUUUGCAUGGUCUCCUGGGAGAGAAGAGCACCCAGCCAGCCCGCCCCCGACUGUCACACCUUCCCUCCACCAACGUGGUCACUUCGGCAUCCCCUCACCCUUGUGCCCUGAGGCAGACCAACCUCAUUUCUUUUUACAAACAGUUGGCUUUUUCUUACCAAGCCCUCACUGUACAGAACAGCCCUUUGACAAUUCUUUUGGGGGUCCCCUUCCCAUUCCCUGACUCCAGCCCCUUUUUAUGUUGGUUUAGCACAAUUCUCCACCCCCCUGGCACCACCAAACCAGACCCACCAGUUGAUGUUAAUUGUUUUUUAUCUAUUUAAUCUUAUUCGAUGGAGACCAUGCUUCAGUUGUUUUAUACUUUGCCAGGUAGACUUUAUUACCCACCCCACCCCCAACUAUGCCCUCAUUUUUUUAAAAAAGAAAAAAAAAACCACACACAAAAAAAGAAAAAAAAAAAAAACAAACACAGAGACUUUGGGUUCGAGUCUCGGUCUUAACUCCCUUUCCGUGGCAGGUUUUCUUCCGUGCGUGUGCCUGUGUGUGUGUGGAGUGAGUUCUGGUUUGUGUUUGUUUCUGUUUGAUUUCUCUUGUUGCUUUCUCCCGACCCCAGCCCCAGUUCCGUACUUCACAGCACCCCGGUGCCGAGAGAAGCAGAAGCAGAAAAAAAAAUAAAAUAAAGUAAAAAAAAAAAUUUAAAAAUUUUAAAAAAAAGAAAAAAAAGGAAAAAUUUAAAAAGAAAAAAAAAACGAAGAAGAACUAAGACAUGCCACCCCCACCCCGCCCCCACUCCCACCCCUGCAAUGUUGCUUUUCUUGAUGGUUAAUAAUAAAUACUGUCACGUAGCUGUGUACAAAGAGAUGUGAAAUACUUUCAGGCAAAAAUAAACUGUAAGUGACUCAUGAAA